ACACCCGAUUCCAACUCGAUAACACUAAUCUCUUUCACAUAGAUAGGUGUGCCUUGCGUGUGUCUAUGUAUGUGUAUAUAUAUAGACACAUCUCCUAUCUAUAAAUGGCCGCCAUUAGAGCAUUGUCUCUACCUUCAUCUCUAACCUUGAUAGCUUCCACUUCUUAUUCUUGCACAACUAACCUACGUCGUACUAGUUCUUCUUUCCUGCGUCUUUCCUUGUAUUCUUCGUCGUCUUAUUGUAAUAAGCGCAUGGCUCACUCUAUUGCUCGCGCCACUCUUGGCCUCACUCAUCCUGCACAGAUCGAUCCUCUUAAGAUCUCCUUUGCUGCAAAAGAGAGCGAUCUGGCAGAAUGGAAAGGAGACAUACUUGCUGUAGGUGUGUUGGAGAAAGACAUGGCCAAAGAUGAGAGCUCUAAAUUCGUGAACUCAAUAUUAAAAAAGUUAGAUGCCCAAUUGGGCGGUUUGUUGGCUGAAGCUUCAUCCGAAGAAGAUUUCACGGGAAAGGUUGGACAAUCCACAAUCCUUAGGCUUCCGGGACUCGGUUCAAAAAGAGUUGGUUUAGUUGGGUUAGGCAAAGGUCUUCCAGCUUCGUAUCGUAGUCUUGGUGAAGCUGUUGCAUCAGCAGCAAAGGCUUCUCAGGCAAAUAAUGUCGCAAUCGCACUUGCAUCUGUUGAGGGACUAUCGGCUGAAUCAAAGCAUAGCACAGCAUCAGCGAUAGCAGCAGGGAUGAUGACUGGGACUUUUGAAGAUACUAGAUUUAGAUCGGAAUCAAAGAAGCCAUCUAUUAAAUCUGUGGAUAUUCUUGGCCUUGGAAGUGGGCCUGAGCUAGAAAAGAAGCUGAAAUAUACUGAAGAAGUUUGCACUGGUGUAAUUUUUGGAAAAGAGCUUGUAAAUGCACCUGCUAACGUUCUCACUCCUGGAGUUUUGGCAGAAGAGGCUAAAAAAAUUGCAUCAUUGUACAGUGAUGUUAUUUCUGCCAAAAUUUUAGAUGUAGAACAAUGCAAAGAACUAAAGAUGGGCUCCUAUCUUGGUGUUGCUGCUGCAGCUUCUGAAAAUCCUGCUCAUUUUAUUCAUUUAUGUUACAAGCCUCCAAACGGCACUGUCAAAAGCAAACUGGCUUUAGUAGGAAAAGGAUUGACCUUUGACAGUGGUGGCUACAACAUCAAGACAGGACCUGGCUGUUCAAUUGAGCUCAUGAAAUUUGACAUGGGAGGCUCAGCUGCAGUAUUAGGUGCAGCUAAAGCUAUUGGGCAAAUUAAACCAGCUGGAGUAGAGGUUCAUUUUAUUGUUGCUGCUUGUGAGAAUAUGAUCAGUGGAACAGGCAUGAGACCUGGAGACAUUUUAACAGCUUCCAAUGGAAAGACAAUUGAGGUUAACAACACUGAUGCUGAAGGCCGGCUUACUCUUGCUGAUGCUUUGGUGUAUGCUUGUAACCAAGGAGUAGACAAGAUAAUUGAUUUAGCUACACUGACUGGGGCAUGUGUUGUUGCCCUUGGGCCCUCAAUUGCAGGAAUUUUUACACCAAGUGAUGACCUAGCAAAGGAGGUAGUUGAAGCUUCAGAAAUAGCUGGGGAAAAACUUUGGAGGCUUCCAAUGGAGGAAAGUUAUUGGGAGUCCAUGAAGUCUGGCGUAGCUGAUAUGGUCAACACCGGAGGUCGUCAAGGUGGUUCCAUCACUGCAGCUCUUUUCCUCAAGCAGUUUGUUGAUGAGAAGGUUGAGUGGCUUCACAUUGACAUGGCUGGACCUGUAUGGAGCGACAAGAAGAAAGCUGCAACAGGCUUUGGCGUUUCAACUCUGGUCGAAUGGGUUGUGAAGAAUUCUUCAUCAUAGAUUCAUAGUGUCCUCAUUCUGGGAUGCGUCGGUGGUUAAUGUACUUCCAAGUCUUAACACGUCUUUAGUGGAAACACAAGUUGGGGGAUCCUGGGGUUUGUGGUGGACAAUUCUGAAUUCUCGUGAUAAGUUGAUGCAAUAAUAAACAAAAUUUAAGUGCUGAACUGAAGCAUUAUUGUUGCAAAAAGGGAUCUUACAUAUAUGAUAUAUCUAAUAAUUUUUAUAAUUUUAAAUAAAUUGUUUGCUGAUAACGUA